UCCUUUUCACUUAUGAUUGUUAUGCAGUGGUUAUAUGGCACCAGAAUAUGCAACUGAUGGAUUAUUCUCAGUGAAAUCUGAUGUAUUUAGCUUUGGAAUCCUAAUGCUUGAGAUAAUAAGUGGAAAGAAAAGUCGUGGAUUUUAUCACCCAAAUCAUAGGCUAAACCUCGUCGGACAUACUUGGAAAUUGUGGAAAGAAGGCAAGUUAUUGGAAUUGGUUGAUCCAGUUUUAAGAGAGGCAUGUCAUCUAUCAGAAGUGAAGCGAUGCAUCCAUAUUAGCCUCUUAUGUGUGCAACACCAUGCAGAGGACAGGCCAAGCAUGGCAUCUGUGGUUCUAAUGUUGGGUAGUGAGAUUGCAAUGGCGCAGCCCAAAGAACCAGGCUUUUUUAAGGACAAAGGUCCACUUGAAGCAGAGUCAUCCUCUACCAAUAUUGAAUCUUCUUCGACCAAUGAAAUUUCUCUGUCAUUGCUGGAUGCUCGAUAGAGCAUCAUUUAACUGCGUGCCUCUUAAUACUAUUGCUGUAAUAGAGCAUGGUGUUCAUCAAUAUACUUUUAUACCUUGUACUUC